AUGGCGCCUUCCUCACCAGUCACCCUUUUCUAAAAAUGUUUGUCGUCCGUCCUCGUCCUCGCACUGGAACCUCCUCCCGAGCGGACGUCUCUCUUUCCAUAAACGACGCUUCGACAAUGUGAAUCUUGCCACCGGUCAGUCGCCGUAAAGCAGCACAUCUGAGGCUAUGCUGCAUAUCGGGUGGUACCAGAGUAACAUCGAAGUCCAGUAGUGUGGUGUCCGCGGAGAGCCGUAUCGCCCAAUGACGUCGAAGAACUGCAAUCUCGGAAGAACGUCCAAGUCCAGUUGGGCCGAAGGGAAUCGAAAUUCUGUGGCGUCAGGGCAUCGAAGAUUUGUGGUGUCGAUUGACGCCGAAGGGACAUGGUGGUAGAGGAACAUCGAAUAGUGGCGGCCCGAGUUGAGGGGUAAUUCACGCGUGAAAGAAGACGAUUCCUCUGCACUGAUCCAUGCGUUCAGGCCGAAACCUGAUAUCGCAAAGUCGUGGCUUCAUCACAAACUCGAGCUGAUAGAAGGGCGACCACCUGUAAAAGAUUUCUUCUUAUAACUAUUUCAUUACUUAGAGAGUGCAAAUCCCAUAUCAAGUAUAGAGUGCCUCACCCUUUGGAAUAAUGCCACCGAUCUUUCUCGAGGAGACUGCCACAAAACGAAAUAGGACAGUCGGCGGUGGCAUUGACGAGCUUGACCGUUUCGUGGCCAUCUUGGUCCCGUAAACUCGCAAUUUUCCGUCGCUUGCCCAUAUGGCUUUGCCAAAUGGGCAGCGUGCGACGGGUUGCGCUUCGGAAGGCUUGCCGACCCCGUGAUCCCCACAGGAUCUCUGCCUCCUAGAAUCGGCUGCACCCUCCGGAACUGUCGCUGCUAGAGCGAACCUUGAUCCCGAUUGGGACCGACCGCAUUGUGCUUUCCGAACACAAUCCUCUGUACCGCCCGCGACGUUAUCGACUGCCACCAUACUCGUUUGUGGCCCAUUGCUGUAGGGUUGGACUUGUUUCGACACAUCUCUGCAGGAGAUUCUGA